AUGUCUGCCAACACCGUGCACGUCAAAAACAUCGCGUCGGCGACCGAAGACAAGGAGAUUCGCGAUUUUUUCAGCUUCUGCGGCAAGAUCACCGAUCUCCAGGUCACCCCCUCGGGAGACACCAAGGAUGCCGUCGUCACCUUUGAGAAAGAAACAGCUGCCAAGACGGCCCUGCUCCUGAACAACACCCAACUGGGCUCCUCGCAGAUCAACGUCACGAGCGCCACGGGCGACCAGUCCGACGACGGCUCGCACUUCGCCAACACGGACCCCAGCGUCAACCGCGACACGGACGACAUCGCCCAGGAGGACAAGCCCCGCGCCCGCAUCCUGGCCGAGUACCUGGCCCACGGCUACGUCGUCGGCGACGUCGCCCUGCAGCGCGCCAUCGAGCUCGACGCCCAGCACGGCAUCUCGAAGCGCUUCCUCGACACCCUCCAGUCCCUCGACCAGAAGUACCACGCCACCGACCGCGCCCGCGCCACCGACCAGACCUACGGCCUGACCGCGCGCGCCCAGGGCUUCUUCGGCGGCCUCAACAGCUACUUCGAGAAGGCCGCCAACUCGCCCACCGGCAAGCGCAUCGUCCAGUUCUACACCGACUCGCAGCGCCAGGUCAACGACAUCCACGCCGAGGCCCGCCGUCUUGCCGACCUCAAGAAGGACCAGCACGGCGGCAGCGCCUACAAGGCCGCCGGCCUCGAGAAGGUCUUUGGCAAGGAGAAGGAGCAGGCCGUGCCGCCCGCCACGGGGGAGACGGUCGGCACCAUGGCGCCCACCCAGCCGGACGAUACCACCGCUGUCCCGCUGUCCAAGCCUGGGGCCGCCGACGAGAAGGCCUAG